AUGAUCGAAGGCAGCCCAGGACCAUCCCACGAGGAUGUAAAUGGCAACGACGAUGAGGCCUCAGCUCAAGAUAUCCAUCAACCUUCAAUCAAAACCGUGAGAAGUUUCUGGCAACGUAUCAUGUCUCGCAACCAAAAGCUCCCGCAGAAACAAGCUAAAGAAGCUGCAUCACUUGGAAAAAUCUUUAAUCUCUUGCGUGGAGACGUUUAUGAAGUUGCACAGAGAUUCUGGGAGGUUGACUCGUUGAUUGACAAGCCAAUAGGGCUCCUGAUCGCGACCUUCCUUGUUUGGACACUCUUCGGUCCAUCAUGUUUCCUGGGAAUAUUAGCGGUCAUAGUUGCACAGAUCGUGAACGCAAUUCUAACCAGAGCUCUUUUCCGUUGGGAGCGGGUUAGAAGAGCGGCAACAGACACAAGGCUUCAACUAACUUCGCAGUUCGUGGAAGCAAUCCGUCACCUGCGCUGGUACGGGUGGCAGAAUCAUUGGCUUCAGCAGGUCAUGGAUGCCCGACAACAUGAGUUGAAUAUUCGAAUUAUUACAAGUCUGUGGAGCAUCUUGAUUCGGUUCACCAAUUCCUUCGCUAGUGGCGUGUUUCCGGUGGUUGCGUUGUACGCAUAUACCCUUUUGGCCGGGCAUGAGCUGCGGAUUGAUAUUAUCUUUCCAGCAUUGCAGUUGUUUACCAUGCUAGAGACCCGUCUUCGGGAUAUUCCUGGUCUUAUCACAUCGCUUAUCAAUGCCUUCAUUGCCCUCGGGCGUAUCGAGGACUUCAUGUCCGAACCGGACAAGGAGAAUCUGCCUACUGAACUGCUGCCGAAUGAAUUCCACUCUCGAUGCAUUGAUAUCGAUGUCACCAUCCCCAAAGGACUGACUGUUGUCACCGGCAAGGUCGGUGCUGGGAAAACCGCGUUUCUGCAAGCUCUUUUAGGAGAACUUGAUAGACUGGGCGGCUCGGUAUGUAUUCCGAACCAAAUGGUGGGAUAUUGUGCCCAGACCCCGUGGCUGCAAAGUAUGAGCAUCCGUGAUAACAUUCUGUUCUCCGCUCCUUAUCAUGACCAGCGCUACAAGCGGACACUGGAGGCCUGCGCCUUGCUUCCAGAUCUUGCUCAAUUUAAGCAUGGCGAUUUAUCGUUUGUGGGUGAGAAUGGCAUUGGGCUAUCAGGUGGACAAAAAGCGCGAGUAGCUCUGGCAAGAGCUGUCUAUAGCACAUCGCGGGUUCUCCUUUUGGACGACCCCUUAUCCGCACUGGACCACAAUACCGCAGAAGCCAUAGUCCGCAAAUGCUUUUUGGGGCCGCUGAUGAAGAACCGAACUAUUGUGCUGGUGACGCAUCGAACCACGUUGGUUCGUCAAAUUGCGAAUCAAAUUAUCAAUAUUUGUGAAAAACAUGCCACUGUUUACGACAAGAAAACCAUCAAGCUUGAUGCGACCGAAUCUUCCCUUAAAAUGAUCGACCAUGAAAACGAAACAGAAGUUGAGACUACUUUUGAGGAGGAGACAGCCGCCGUACCUGACAGGUUCAUCGAGGAAGAGCAUCGAGCAGACGGGGGUGUCAAGGCUCGAGUCUACUGGAAUUAUAUUAAGGCCGGAAAGUACCGAUGGUGGCUUACCCUGGUCCUGAUCUUGACAAUCUACCGACUGAUGGCCGUUGGGCAAUCAUGGUUUCUCAAAGGGUGGGGAGAAUCGUACGAGCAGACAACUGUCCAUCGGGGAGAUACCUCAAACUUGAGUCCCAGGCCAUCGCAAGACUUCUGGUCAGUCUCAAACUUGAGCUUGGACACAUACUUAACGCCUCCGAGCCCUAUCGAUCAACUGCCGUCUCCACGUGAGGAUGUGCGACCCUGGCUAUGGACCUUUUUUGCCAUCAUUUCUUUCCAAGCGGCCACGCUCCUUUUCGCUCAGCUUCUGAUGCUGGUCAUCGUCUAUUACGCGGGGCAGUCCUUGUUCCGAAGGGUGUUGGUCCGAGUUAGCCAUGCGACUUUCAGAUACUUGGAUACAAUCCCCCUGGGGCGCUUGAUGAACCGUCUCACAUCUGAUAUUGGAGUUGUGGAUGGCAAUAUUAGUGAGCAAUUCCAGGUGAUUGCAUUCCAGGCUAUCAUUUGGAUCUCUUCUGUGCUAGUAAUUGCAACUGCCACCCCGGUGUUUUUGUUGUUCUCCCUAGCUCUCACAGUGGCAUUUGUCUUGAUAUUCCUGCGUUUCCUUCCCACAUCCCAGAGUCUACGACGUCUCGAGAUGGUAUCCCUAAGUCCUUUAUUGUCCAACUUCGGCGAGCUAUUGCACGGUCUAACCACCGUCCGAGCUUUCCAUGCAGAGUCGCAGUUCCAGAACCGAGUUAUAUCCGUGGUUGACAAGUUCCAGGGAAUGGAUCAUUUUUACUGGUCACUCCAGAGCUGGCUCAUGUACCGAUUUGAGGCUCUAUCUGCUUUCUCGACCUUUUGCCUAACAGCUCUGGCCUUGCACACAAAUACGACACCGGGACUAGUAGCAUUUGUGCUUAUUGCUUCUAAUAACUUUGUCGAGUCCACGCAUGCAUUGUGCAAGCAGUACGGUCAACUUCAAAUGAACUUUGUGUCGGUGGAGCGAGUCGAUGAGCUCCUCCACAUCGAAGAAGAAACUCCCGGGACCAUCGAUCCCCCAGCCGCCUGGCCAACUUACGGUAGUGACGUUGUCUUCGAAGAUGCGACUCUCCGUUACGCAACACAUCUCGACCCCUCACUUAUUAAUGUCUCUCUUCGCAUCCCUGGGGGAUCUACUACAGCGGUUAUCGGCCGUACUGGUAGCGGCAAGUCCACACUGGCAAUGUCACUUUUGAGCGUCAUCAAACCUGAAUCCGGUCGCAUUCUCAUUGACGGCAUCAAUAUCACCGACGUCAACAGACAGGCGUUGCGUACCCGAGUAACCUUUGUCGCACAAGAUCCCGUCCUCUUCCCUGGUAGUAUCAGACUCAAUUUGGACCCGACGGAAGAUUAUUCGGAUGAACUGUGUACCGAAGUCCUGAAGCGUCUGUGUAGUCGGCACGGCUGGGAUCUUGGAACACAUAUUGAGGCUGGAGGAAGGAAUCUUAGCCAGGGCCAACGGCAACUUAUUGCUCUGACACGGGCUGUCCUUCGUCGAAGCGCAAUUGUCAUUCUUGAUGAAGCGACCGCUUCCGUUGAUCAUGAUACCUCUCUUGAGAUUCAGCAGAUUAUCCGGGAGGAGUUGCAGCAGUCUACUGUCAUUACUAUUGCGCAUCGCAUAGAAGCUGUCAAGGAUGCGGAUUACUUUGUGGUUUUGGAUCAGGGGCGGGUUUCGAGACAAGGCCAUGUGCGGGAUCUGUAG